CUCUCGUGGCUCUCGUGGUUCUCGUCUGUCGUCUCUCUCUGCUUCUCUCUAAUGCAAUCGUACAACGUGUCAACGUGCGGCUGGCGACAGCGUGUGAGAUAGUGCGAGAGAUGAAUGGACGAAGAGGCGGGUGGUCGAAGGGGGUGGUUUAUGACGUGGCGAUCGAGCCACAACGAGGAAAAAAGGAUCCGCGCGAAUGAAAAAUUGCCAGAUCGAGCUCUUGGUAACGUCGCGGACGGAACAUCAACGUGGAUGGGAAUCGCGAUCGCGAAUGGAAAAUUGCCGGAUUGACAGGUCCUGGUCCUGACUAUCCUCGAUCGAGUCUUACCGAAGAGCUUCUGGAAUUCACGUCCGAUUGCAUUCGCCGAUCGCGACGUGUGUCCGAUGAUGUUAUAUAAUUCGUCGUUAUAUAAUUUUUUCUUGAUACGUCAACGAUUGUCCUGAUAUGUCGAUGGUAAGAGAUAUGCAUGUAUAAUUUACAUAUCAACUAAUAAAAUAGCAUUGUGCAAUAAAUAAUGGCAAGCAAAUCUUGGAAUAUCUUGGUGACGGGAGGCGCCGGUUAUAUCGGUUCUCACACAGUAUUGGAAUUGUUACAAGCAGGCCUUCAGGUGGUGGUAAUAGACAACCUUAUCAAUGCGCACAAAGACUCAGAUUCUGAGAAACCAGAAUGUCUCUUUAGAGUGGAAAAAUUGGCAAAUAAAAGUGUUGCAUUUAUCAAUUGUGACAUCACAAACGUCAGUGAUCUAAGAGAUGUAUUUCGAAAACACAAUUUCCAUUGUGUCAUACAUUUCGCUGCUUUGAAGGCGGUCGGCGAAUCGUGUCAGAAACCACUUGAGUACUAUAAGACCAAUGUAAGCGGGACGAUAAAUUUGUUAGAAGUUAUGCGGGAGAACAAUGUAAAGCGUUUUAUCUAUUCAAGCAGCGCCACAGUUUAUGGCAUACCUGAGCGACUUCCUUUAGUGGAGGAUAUGAAAACCGGCAACUGUACAAAUCCUUAUGGAAAGACAAAAUUUAUGGUUGAAGAAAUACUAAAGGAUUUAUGUGCUUCAGAUAAGGAAUUUUCUGUUAUAUCUUUGAGAUAUUUUAAUCCUGUCGGCGCACAUCCUUCCGGUGAAAUUGGAGAAGAUCCUAACGGUAUUCCAAAUAAUUUAAUGCCCUACAUUGCACAAGUUUCUGUUGGAAAAAAAGACAUGUUAUAUGUUUAUGGCAAUGAUUAUGACACUCCUGAUGGUACAGGUGUGCGUGAUUAUAUUCAUAUUAUGGAUCUGGCGGUUGGUCAUAUGAAAGCUAUGAUGUAUCAAAAAACUCGUAAUCCAACGGGAUUUAAAGCGAUAAAUCUUGGCACUGGAAAAGGUUAUUCUGUGCUUGAGGUUAUACAUGCAUUUGAGAAAGCAUCUAAACGAAAAAUACCAUAUAAAAUAGUUGAACGUAGAUCAGGUGACAUUUCUGCCAGUUACGCGGAUGCUAGUAUUGCUAAUAAGGAAUUAGACUGGAUUGCCAUGAGAAAUAUGGAUGACAUGUGUACAGAUACGUGGAAAUGGCAACAAAAGAAUCCAAAUGGUUAUAAAUACUAAUAAGCGCAUUACCCAUUAUUCCUGAAUUGUGAGAAGCUCAAAGCUUCUAGCUUGCUGUUACAUUUUGCCUUUUGCACAUCAUUGGAUAAUGAAACCAUGGUGGUAUACAGUUACCAAAGUUUAGACCAAAGCAUAAGAGUAGUUGUUUAUCUUUUGUUGUAUUAAGUGAAUUAAUAUAUAAAUAUAUGGAGAAUUUACGUUUUUAACAAAAUUUGAUUUUGGAAGUUUUACUCGGUACCUGUUUUUAUAUAAGUAUAUGAAAUAUUAAGAUAUUAAAAAUUUAUUUUUUUGCUUAUGUGUUAAAACUAAAUUUCUAUUGUUGUAAUAUUGUGCCAUUUUAAGUAUAGUCACAAAAUAUAUUGUACAAACUAAUAUAUGUAUGAUCUAUUAUAUGAAAAGUAUAAAGGUACAUAUAAAAUAUACUUUUAUAUAUACACUUAUGAUGUAAAAGCAAUGAAUAAAAGGGUGUAAACAGUUUCUUACCAAA